AUGGAUGCAGUUCUAAUAAUUUAUGGAAACCGAGAACAAGAGCUAAACAGUUACAGAGAUCAUAUCAAUAAGCUAUGCCUGCAGCAAAGCUUUCAUGCGGUUAUGGCAUACGAUGAAGACUGCAGAGUGUCAGCAGUCACGAACCGAGAUUUAACUCUUUUUGAUCGUGAUACUGAAGUUGAAGGCCGGAAUUUCGAUGCUACUACAGUUAAAAGACAGAGAAUAAAUACAUACCCGCCCACAAGAUUAGAUACUGAAUGGCCUGAUGGAAGGGAAAUCUGUAUUAAUUGGAACAAACGGUCUUGCAGAGAUGAGAAACUCUGUGGAAGGGUUCACGUGUGCUUGAUAUGUAAAAAAACAAAUCAUAGUAAGCAACGCUGCUUCAAGAAAAACAACUCAAAAAAGCAUAAUUCAUCUGACGAUGGAUUGGCAGGAAAAAGCACACAACAAUAA